AUGGAUCACGUGUACAUGAUGGAUCUAAUCUACAUGAUGGAUCUCCUCUACAUGAUGAAUCUCCUCUACAUGAUGGAUCUCAUGUACAUGAUAGAUUUCUUGUACGUGAUGGAUCACGUCUACAUGAUGGAUAUCCUCUACAUGAUGGAUCUCCUCUACAUGAUGGAUCUCCUCUACAUGAUGGUUCUCCUGUACGUGAUGGAUCUCCUCUACAUGAUGGAUCUCAUGUACAUGAUAGAUUUCUUGUACGUGAUGGAUCACGACAAGGAAGAACGUGAAAGACGAGCAAAUCUAAAGAUGGAAGAAAUGAAGCAAAAGAAUGAAGCAUAUCUCAGAAGAUUCAAGGAGAUUGAAGAUGAGAAAGCAAAUGCUUAUAAAAAGAGUUCACAAAACUUCAACAUAUCAGAACUUAAAAGCCAUGAGCAGCCCCCUCACCAGGCCCAUGAUCAUCAUUGGCAUGAGCAUCAUCUGCGUAAUCCUCCGCAGGAUGGCAAUCAUUCAACAGAUAUUCAUCUAAAGCAAAGGAAGGAUCAUAACUCUGGUCCUGUAGACCUCACAACUUAUCCAGAUAGCACUUCUUCCACCCCUGCCAAUCCUUCGGCUUCCUUUUCAUCCAUAGCUGAUGAAAAUUCCGCUAAUCAGGAUAAUGGACCUCCCCCUGAUCCCCAGUACCGAUUCUUGGCGGACCCUGAACGGGAUGGGGAAUAUUUUGGGGCUGGUCCUCCCCCAGAAGGAGGGCGGGGCUAUGGCCGGGGCAGAGGAGACAGGAACAACUGGGCACAAAAAGGUCGUGGUCGAAGUGCCGGCAGAAACUGGCAACGAGGAAGAGGAGGUCGUAUGCCUUACCCUCCACAUCAUGACCAGCAACAUGACAGCCACCAAGACGAGAACUCUUCAUAUUAUGAUGAAAGCAAACAGCAAGAUCACCACCACAAUAUUGGUCAAUAUCUUAACCAUGAAUCAGACAAACAUAUGAGCCAAGACUCAGGUCUUCCGUCUUCAGACCAUACGUAUCCUGAUGCAAGCCACUCUAAGGAAUUAUCCCGUCCGGAGUCUUUGGUAGCUGCAGAAGAAGCAGAACCUCCUCCCAGGAGUCGGUUUGUCUCAAGAGACGUGCGGCUGGAAGACGGUGUAGGAUUUGAUACCAAACCACAAUCAUCGAGUUUCAAGAACGAAGGAUUUUCUCGAUACAAUCAAGGUGGCUUCUAUCCUAUCAAGGAGCCUCAUCAAAAUGCAUCAGGAGACAACAACUAUCAUGAGAUGAACGCUAAUGAGAACAGGGCUGCCAACUAUGCUCAUGAGUACCAACGCCCUGGACACGGAUACACUGAACAUGAUGAUCGGUACUCGAUGAAUUAUGGUAACCGUGAUCAAGAUCCAGAGCAAUCCCAGGAUGUACGGAGCGGCAACCAGGCUGAUACCCAUGGAGAGAUGGGGAGAAGAAACCAUGGAGGUGGUGGAAGAGAAAGUUAUGAUAUCGAAUUCCAUCACGGCGCAAGAGGCAAAAGAGGUUUUGCUGGAGGCUGGAGAGGAGGUAACCGUGGUUAUGGAGGAGAAGGUAGUCGCGGCAAGAGAGGUUAUGGUGGAGAACGAGGACGAGGCAGCAGAGGUUAUGCAAGAGAAAAUUUUGGAAGAGGAGGGAUGAGAUAUUUCGAAGAAAAUAAUGAAAGAAGCAGCCAUGAUUUCGGUAAAGAAUCUGACGGAAGCAGAAGUAGAGAUUAUGGCGGAGAAGAUGUUGGCAGGGGAGAUGUAGAUCAUGAUGGAAGAGGUGGUAGGGAUUAUGGUGGAAGAAGUGAUAGAGGUUAUGGCGGAAAUAAUGGUGGAAGAAGUGAUAGAGGUUAUGGUGGAGAUAAUGGUGGACGAAAUGACAGAGGUUAUGGUGUAGAUAAUGGUGGAAGAAGAGGUAGAGGACGGAAAGAUUUCGGUGAUGCAGGCGAGGUUUGGAAGAACAGAAGAGGAAGAGGCCGAGGACACUGGCAAGAUGAUGAUGGCUGGCAACGUGGAGGCCAACAUCCCAGGCACAACCAGCAAAUGGCCCCCGAACGCGGCCGCGGCUGGCGGCGCCCAUGGGACAACCGUCACACCGAACGCCGGGAGCGAGAGGUCGCGGUGGGCGGAGAGACAAGCAAAACUUACUCUGAUCGUCAAAUGAAUGAGAAGAGCACGCUGGAUGAACUGCUGGCGGCCUCCUCAGCCAUGGCCCCCGGGGAGGCGGUCCGCUCCCCACACGAGGAAUUGUCUUCUGCCUCGCGGGGCCCUAGACAGAACAGACGGAGGAACCAGCGCAAGCGGACAAACAGGGGCUCCUUCAGCGACAACAGAAACAUUGUGCCCGAGGCCAGUGACCCCCACAACCAACAGGAGACAGGGAGAAGGCAUAGAAAUUCCCUUCCUGAGAACAAUGAUGACAAUGUGGAACCUGAGGCUGGGGCAGGCGAGAUGGUUGGGGCAGAUGAGAAGGCUGGGACUGGCGAGGAAUGUAAGCCCCAAUCACGAAGGGGAAAUAGAUCUUCUAGGCACAAGAACUUUAAUGCUCGGCAGCAGAUACCUGCUGUUGAAGAUGUUAAUCUACUGACGAAAAAUGAGGAAGAUGUUGACAAAAAUUGUGGAAAUGAGAAUGUUGAAUGCGCUCCCGACAUUGCAGCACGCGAUAUUUCUGAUGUUGAAGAUGGGCUCAGCUUCUCUGCUGCUGAUGUUAAAUCAAGCAGCAUCCUAGGCUCACAGAAUAAUGAUGAGCCUUCGUCCUUUUCCAUUGGAAUGGACUCGUUAGCGAAUAAUAGUUUAAUUGGCCAUCCAAUUACUGGCAAUACUCGUCCAAUCACCGGCAAUUCUCGUCCAAUCACUGACGCCAAAGAUCCUUCGUCUACUGAAGACCGAGCGUCGGUUAAUGAAAAUAAUGAAAUUACUGCAAUGGUGAGCAAAAUUACAGCAGAAGAGGAAGACAAACAUGAACUACGCAAAUAUAAUAACAUGAAGUCUGAUAUUAAAGACGUCGGCGCGGACGGUUUUGGGUUCGGAGAAGAUUGCUUCAGGGCGGAGUGUUACGACAGCAGCAUCCGCCAUGAGCGCGAGAAGCGAGAAGCUAAACCUGCUCAACAAACUAAAGCUAAUGGCAAGAGAAAGAAUAUCUGGUCUGAUGUGCUUGCUGACGCCCCUUCUGAUCCCGACCAGACCCAGGAUGACGCUGAGUUUACUUAUCAAUUAGUUCAUUUAGAAGGUUUUGUCUCGAAGAAAUAUACUCACUGCUUUGUAUUCCUGCAGACAUCCACUGGGGAAAUGUCGGCUUUUGACGUCCUGACGUCGGUGGCAGAGAAACUUGCUCUUGGCGCCGAUGUUGGCAGGCCUUUGAAUUCCAGCGCCGCUUGCGACGACACAAAAAAAUUUUCCUCGACGGAGUCCAGCAUCAACAAUGACGUUAGGUUGUGUCCUGAGGCAGCUCCUGGCUCCGAUGAUGGCACUGAAAUAGACGAUGAUGGCCUAGUGGUUCGGAUGAUGGAUGACGGGCAAAUGGUUCGUCCUAAAGACGAUGUCGGAGAGACUGCUGAGGGCAUCAUCACUACCACAGCGGCUUGUGAUCCCACUUCCAAUGUCCUGAAUCAUUCUUCUGGUGAAAAUUCUAAGACUUCUACCGGUAUCGCCGCUGACAAGUCGUGCGAACCUAAAGAAAAAGUGGAGAAUGGUUUAUCCCUCACUGAUGUGGAUUGCACUAAAGCUGUUGAAAGCGCAGAAUCCCCAAGCUCACUUGACACGCAAGUUGAUGUUGUGUCUCAAGGCGUGGCUGAUAUUACAUUGCAUGCCACGUCUCAAGCCUCCGAUGGUUUAUCUGCCGGGGAAUUCUUGUCAAGUUCUGCAACUGCGCAGGCGUUGGGCAACACAGCCAUCAAAAACUCGAGCUCGGACCGCCGAGGAAAAGUUGUCUCGUUUCAAGAACCCGAUUCUUCUCCACGAGACGUUCCUUGCACGGAAUCUUCUCAUCAAGAAACAAGUUCUACACGCGAAAUCGACUCUCUCCCUGGGUUGGAAUAUGCGGGAAGUAUUCCUUGUUCUAAUAGUAAUACUAAACUCUUCCAUCAUGGGACGAAAGAUACUAGUUCGCUAUGUGACCGCGUUGGCUUGACAGACCACGACGCACAAUCACCGGAUCAUUCGGCCCUGAAUAACGCUAUCCAUUAUCUCGAGCAAAAUAAGGGGAAUAAUGCGGAGAAUGUAAAUGAGGAAGCACACAUGGGUGUCGGUGAAACUACUCCUGGACCAAAGUCAGAUGAUACGUCUACAGUCUCUGGCAAGUCCGUUUCUCCCACCAGCGAUCCAUCCGAAGUCCGGUCACCAACCGCGAUUCCUGCCCAACACGAAACCACGACCGAAAUUCUUCACGAAUCCGCAACCAAGCCUAAACUUACUGUAGAUCCUCAAGCAUCCUGCGAAGAAUCUGUUGAUUUGAACGAAUAUGGCGAUUUAACAGAAGCGCAGUUCAAAACGAAUGAUGGACCAAAGCCGGUUGUUCCUGUUGCUGGUCUAACGGAAACCAAGGACCACAUUACAGACGCUGGUGCUACACCCGCUACUCCAACAGCGUCGUCACCCGUCAACAAUAUCCUGGCUCAACAAGUUCUAUUCAAUCCUCAACCUUCUUCUGAUCCCGUACAUUUCAGCUGCAUAACUCAUCCUUUAAAGGAUACCCAGCCUAUGUAUUUGGGAACCUGCAACACAAUUAUACAUGGGGGAUCUUAUGUACAUGAUGGAUGUCCUUUACAUGAUGGAUCUAAUCUACAUGAUGGAUCUAAUGUACGUGAUGGAUCUCCUCUACAUGAUGGAUCUAAUGAUCUCCUCUACAUGAUGAAUCUCCUCUACAUGAUGGAUCUCCUCUACAUGAUGGAUCUCCUCUACAUGAUGAAUCUCCUCUACAUGAUGGAUCUCCUCUACAUGAAGGAUCUCCUAUACAUGAUGAAUCUCCUCUACAUGAUGGGUCUCCUCUACAUGAUGGAUCUUCUCUACAUGAUGGAUUUCUCAUCUCACCGAUGUGUUGUUCNCCUCUUUCACUCGUCCCUCUACCUCUUCCACCCAACCCUCUACCUCUUCUACUCGUCCCUCUGCCUCUUUCACUCGUCCCUCUACCACUUCCACCCAACCCUCUGCCUCUUAUACUCGUCCUUCUACCUCUUCCACUCGUCCCUCUGCCUCUUCCACUCGUCCCUCUGCCUCUUCCACUCGUCCCUCUACCUCUUUCACUCGUCCCUCUACCUCUUCCGCUCGUCCCUCUACCUCUUUCACUCGUCCCUCUACCUCUUCCACCCAACCCUCUACCUCUUCUACUCGUCCCUCUGCCUCUUUCACUCGUCCCUCUACCACUUCCACCCAACCCUCUGCCUCUUAUACUCGUCCUUCUACCUCUUCCACUCGUCCCUCUGCCUCUUCCACUCGUCCCUCUGCCUCUUCCACUCGUCCCUCUACCUCUUUCACUCGUCCCUCUACCUCUUCCGCUCGUCCCUCUACCUCUUUCACUCGUCCCUCUACCUCUUCCACCCAACCCUCUACCUCUUCUACUCGUCCCUCUGCCUCUUUCACUCGUCCCUCUACCACUUCCACCCAACCCUCUGCCUCUUAUACUCGUCCUUCUACCUCUUCCACUCGUCCCUCUGCCUCUUCCACUCGUCCCUCUGCCUCUUCCACUCGUCCCUCUACCUCUUUCACUCGUCCCUCUACCUCUUCCGCUCGUCCCUCUACCUCUUUCACUCGUCCCUCUACCUCUUCCACCCAACCCUCUACCUCUUCUACUCGUCCCUCUGCCUCUUUCACUCGUCCCUCUACCACUUCCACCCAACCCUCUGCCUCUUAUACUCGUCCUUCUACCUCUUCCACUCGUCCCUCUGCCUCUUCCACUCGUCCCUCUGCCUCUUCCACUCGUCCCUCUACCUCUUUCACUCGUCCCUCUACCUCUUCCGCUCGUCCCUCUACCUCUUUCACUCGUCCCUCUACCUCUUCCACCCAACCCUCUACCUCUUCUACUCGUCCCUCUGCCUCUUCCACUCGUCCCUCUACCUCUUCCACUCGACCCUCUACCUCUUCCACUCGUACAACCACCUCUUCCACUCGUCCCUCUACCUCUUCCAAUCGUACAACCACCUCUUCCACUCGCUCCACUUCAUCCCAGCUGUAUCCGUCGCUUACUUCAUCCCAAUGCUCCCUCGCGGCUUUUCUGUCCGGCUGUCCUCUUGCGAAGAAACCAUCGUCAUCUUCUCUUAA